AUGGAAACGAAUAAUACUCGACUCUACAUUAAGGAAAUGCUGAAGUCUAAGAUAUUUUUGGGGCGCUAUCUGGAAAGACGGCUUAUAGACGAAAGUAUUGGCUACCGAGAUGUUGUUCUUUUGAGUGCAGCUGAGGUGGAAUUAAAAAGACAACUGCUGGAGGUCAGACAAAUGCUUCUAUCUGCAUAUCCAAGCAAUCAUUGGAUCGGCAUUGUUGAAUCUGAAACCUUAGGAUAUCCUUCAGGUUUCUUAGAUUUUCUAAGCAAAAUUGUUGGUGGUUUCUAUAUUCUUGUGGCUAUGUUUUUCAAGCCUAAUAAUCCAAAACCACCAAAAAGUAGAAGGAGCAUUACUUAUUACAAUUCACGACCACAAAAUUAUGACUACAGAGAUAGUUUUUAA